AUGGCGGCAUACGACCCUAGUGGUCCCCCGGACAUGAGUGAGGACACGACAGCAGCCACCAACGCCACAUACACCUACGAUGCACAAGACGCCGACGAGGAUGACGAGGAAGACUACGACCCCUCCUCGUUCAACUAUGGCAACGGCCAGCAACCCACAGCACAACCCGAUGCGCAGCCGGCAACAGAAGCCGUAAAGCCCAAGACAAUAGGCGGCUUCGUAAUAGAGGACGAGGAUGAGGAGGAAGAGGAAGAGGAGAGUGAGGGCACGAGCAUGACUGGCGCAGGCGAUGUACCAUUAGCUAGUGAACCUACACAAGACUCUGCCGCUGCACCACCACCACAGCUCCACGCCGACAGUCUCAAUGGGUCCACCAGCUCUGCCUCUGCCCCUUCCCUUCCUACCACUUCUGCUGUGCUGCCCGUUCAGGGCUCCCAUGUUGAUGCUGCUUCACUUCUCACCUCCACUACUGAUUCAGCAGCUGUCGCCGAUCAGGCCAAGGCACCUGCGUCAGCGCUCUCGUCUGCUGCCCAGCCAGUGGUUGAUUCCGUCGCUGUCACACCGCAGCCAACUACCAACGGCAUCACCGCACCUACCGAUACCAGCAACGCGACACCACUCCCCUCUAUGACACAACGACUACCACAUGACAAGGUUGGCAGACUCGAGGACCGCAUCAAAGAAGAUCCGAAGGCCGACGUGGGAGCAUGGUGGGAGUUGGUCCAGCACUACCGCGACAAGGACCAAGGUGAUAAUGCUCGCAAAGUGCUUGAUCGCAUGCUCGAAGUCUGGCCCACGAGCCCUGUCAUCUAUUCGUUCUACCUUGAUCUCGACAACGAGGCCUUUGAUCAGCACAAAGGGCACAUCGAGAUCAUCUUCGGCCAUGCUCUUCCACUUGUGCCGUCCUUGUCACUAUGGACAGCCUACCUGUCCUACCUCCGCCGAGUCUUCCCACUCAUUCCGGAUCCUCAAGGGCAACACCGCGCAAUCAUCACACAGGCCUUCGACGCUGUUCUGGACGCCGUGGGCAACGACCCUGACAGCACUGCCCUAUGGAAGGACUACAUCGAAUUUGUGAAGAGCGGGCCAGGUGUGAUCGGCGGAAGCGGUUGGCAAGAUCUGCAGAAAGUCGAUGCACUUCGGAAAGCAUAUCAGCGCGCGAUCAAGGUGCCAAGUGGAGUAGUCGUGGCCCUGUGGAAGGAGUAUGAUAGCUUCGAAAUGGUUCAGAACAAGGCACAAGGCCGCAAGGUCUUACAAGAGAUGAGCCCACAUUACAUGACUGCGCGAACGGCGGAGAAGCAGUUACAGCAGUUGACUGAGAGGUUGAAUCGCAAGAUCAUGCCUACACUUCCACCGCUCGAGGGCUGCGAAGGCGAUGAUGCGUUCGCACUGCAAGUGCAGCAGUGGCGUGGAUGGGUUGAAUGGGAAAAGAGCGAUCCGCUAGUGCUGAAGGAUGAGGAUGUAGCAGCAUAUCGAAAACGAGUCAUCUUCGCCUACAAGCAAGCGACGAUCUUCCUACGAUUCUGGCCUCGUGUAUGGUACGAGGCAGCGGAGUGGUGUGCCUUGCAAAUACCGCUUGAUGAGGACUUGGCUGCGCAAAGCGUGGCGUUUCUGGACGAUGGGCUGAAGGCCAACCCUGAGAGCGUGUUACUCACGCUCAAGAAGGCAGAUCAACUGGAGGUGGGCAUGCAGACCGGCAACGUGAGCGACGACAUCGCGAUUGCCAACGGAGAGUUACUAGAGGAUGUGUUCGAGCCAUGCCAUACUGCACUGUACGCUCUCAACAAGAAGCUAGCAGAGCGGCGAGACAAGAAUCUAGCCGAAGUGCGCGACUACUACGCCUCGCUGCCAGCAGAAGAAGAGGAAGCCGCACAAGCGAACGACGACGAUGACGACGCAAACGACAACGUCAGCAACCCAGCCGUUGAGAAGCCCAAGAACCGUCAAGAUGAAAUGCAAGACCGUAUCAAAGCCAUCCAGGAAGUGGUCAAAAUCCAGCACCGUGCCCUCAGUAAAACCGUGUCUGCCCUCUGGAUCGCCAAAAUGCGUGCCUUCCGCCGCAUCCAAGGCCAAGGCAAACCCGGGCAGCCUAAGAAGGGAGCUCGAGGUGUCUUUGGCGAGGCUCGGCCGCGUGGUCAGUUGACGGCUGAUGUCUACGUCGCCAGUGCGUUGAUUGAGUACCAUUGUUACAAGGACCCUUCCGCACAGAAGAUCUUCGAGCGAGGUCUCAAGCUCUUUCCCACAGAUGAGACGUUCGCGGUGGAGUAUAUUCGUCACCUCAUUGCUGGUAACGACCUGGUCAAUGCUCGUGUAGUGUUCGAGACUACGGUUACGAAGAUUCUAGGCAUGAAGGGCGUGGAGGAUUUGGAGAGGAGGGAGAAGUGUAGAGUUCUACUGAGUUUCAUGCAUGGCUUUGAAUCCAAGUUCGGUGAUCUAGCACAAGUCAAGAAGCUGGAGAAUCGUAUCAAGGAGCUCUUACCGGGCGAUGAGGCGACGAUGCAAGGCGCGGAGAUCUUCACCGAGAGGUUCGACAUGGGUGGUUUCGAUCCCGUUGGCGUGCAGCUUGUCCUCUCGCCUUCGCAGAUCAGACCCAAGGCCCUCCUGCCGAUGCCACCGGGCUUGCCACCACUCGUGCCAGGGCAAGCUAUGCCCAUGGGUAUGCCACCACUCGUCGCAGAUGCGGAUGGGCUGAGACUGGGCCCAAAUGGACCUUACAUGGCUUCUCCCAAACGCCCAUACGACGGCGAGGACACGGAUCAGGACACUCCGAGGAAGUUCAUGAGGGCUGAGUCGCCACUGAAAGGUGCUGCAGGACGAAGAGCACAGGGACAUGUGGCUUCGCACUCUGCUUCUGGUAUUGCUGUUGCUGCUGCUGGGGUGGGCGGCACACUCACGACGAGUACAGGCAGCGGCGGGUUCAUGACCAAGAACUUCGUGCCUAAUACCUCACCCAUGGCCCAGCAGCAACCGGAUGCGAUGCCUGCUGCGGCAGCCGCACCUCCUUCGGCACUCCCCCCGCAGGUUUCUCUGCUACUACAGGUCCUGCCGAGUGCGGCGAGCUACCACAGCGUGCUCUUCGACCCCGUCAAGAUGGUGAGUCUGCUACGGACCGUCGAUGUCGAGGGCGCGAGGGGAAGAUUCUAG